CUGUUAAAAUUAAAGUUAUUUAUUGCUGCUUUCGUUAUUCCUGAAGAUCAAUAUCAACAGUAUUUGGUUGUAGGGCAACAUGAACCCGAAGAAUAUAAACUUGUAGGUGUUGAUCAACACGUCAGGCACAGAAGAUCGUUUGCUCCAGGUGGUAUUCAAAUAGGUGAAACCACGGAAAAUCCUUAUCCGUGGACUGUAGGUGGUAAUGUUGAUAAAGUUGGGCAAGAUACCAUUGCCAAAAUUAAUGCUGGUCACAGAACCGAUCAAACUCAAAUUACCGGAUCAUGGAAUAAAGUUAUUAGAGGUCCUAAUAGGGCUAAACCCAAUUGGAGCAUUGAGGUGCAACACAGAUGGUAGAAGAUUUUAAAUUUUCUGAGAUAAUUAUCAGAUAUUUCGUUUGCAAGAAAUUUUGGACUUAAUUGUAUCAUCGUUACAUUAAAUAAAGAAAAAACAUUCUGAAAUAAUAUAAACAAACUGUUAAACCUAAUUCCC